UGUGUUGAUAUACUGUACGUUUCAUUGCAUGUCAUCCGUGGACUACUCUGAUUGGAGAACAAGACAAUUAUUUUCAAUCCUAUCCAGUGCGCGGUGAUGAUUAAAACUGGAUAACACAGUUGUAUGAACGUUAUGUCUACUCUGUAUUGCAUUAUGAAUUACAGGUUCGUCUUUGUGUGGACUUUGAUCAUAAUAAGCAAAGGGUGUGUAUGGGGUAGUGAAUCACCUUUCUUCUUUCCCAACACUACUAUGGAUUGGAACAAAGCUAAGUUAUACUGUGAGUCACAACAAGGCCGAUUGGUUACCAUGGAUACACAGUCCAAGUAUGAGUAUGUCCGAGCAAUGAACAACAGGCACCACGGGAACAUCGUGUCCUCUCGGGAUUUAUGUAUUGGACUCUUUACAACAUCUAAAAACUGCACAAACUAUGUAUGGCUCAGUGGCAAACCGUUACAAUGGAGUAAGUGGGGACCCGGUGAACUUGAGCAAUGUAUACGACAACAAUGCGUCAAACUUCGAUUCGGUCUCUUCAAAACAGCGGCAUGCGUCGGUUACACACAUUUAGUCAUGUGUGAAUAUGUUUCAGAGAGCCCUUUGCCACUACCAACAACUUCGUUGAUGAUGACCACAACAGAAACCAGUACUGACACGCCUCUUCCCAAUGCCGAAGCCACCACUAACAAUAUAGCAUGCGGUUGUUGUACAAAAAGAAACAGAAAUAUCACACAAAUUAGUCGUGUCGACCUGCUAAAUACCAUCACACAGACCAAGGCGGAACUGUCUGUCAGAAUGAACACUAUCUCGACCUAUCGACGGAAGAGGAUCAGUGUCUAUGAGGCAAGGCCGUCCUGUAUGGCCAUGGGGGUUGUCGCCUUGAUCAUCAUAGCAGGCGUGAUUGGUGCGAUAGUGGUGCCGGAUCUGAUAAUACUUUGUGUGUUUUUGAAGAAUUUUAGCAAAUAAAUCAUCGGCUUUAUACUUGGAGCCAGAGUAAAAGUCAUGCGAUGGCUUUUCAUUGUCAGCCUUCAAUGUACAUUAACUUUUGCUUGUUCAUAGAACUUUUUUUUCAAACAUUCAUAUACAUGCAAGUUAAUAAAAAAAAAAAGCGGACUGCGCGUGAAUAUUAAGAUGCAUCAUUUCGUAACACAUAUUUUGAAUGCUUUGCAUGUAUUCUACUAAUUGCUGUUCAUAUAUAGGCGAUAAUUUGUAGUUUCUAGAGCUCGAUGGUCGGUGACCUUGCUUCGAACUGGCGAAGUUUCGAUAUUAAUUUUGAUGAAAUUCUGUGACUUCAGCCGGCGAGAUGACAUUCCAUGACAACUUCUUGCAAGAUAAUAUAUUUGGUUGGACU